CGGUAGGUUGUGGGUAAGUGCACUGAUGUGCGCUUUAUAUACGGGUUGUGACAGCAAUGCAAGGUGAAAGGUGCAGCACUGAAGAAAGAUGAGAUUUGGCUGCCUUUCUUUCCGGCAACCCUAUGCUGGGUUGGUUUUGAACAAAGUCAAAACAAUAGAGACUCGUUGGCGUCCAUUGCUGGCAGACUACAAGAACUGCACUGUUGCUAUUCACAUAGCUUUUAAAGACUGGGAGGAUGAAACAUGGAAAGAGGUCCUUUUGAAUAGACUUGAUAUGACACCUACACAAGUUGCAGAGUUGUUAGAUAAAGGGGAGAAAUUUGGCAGAGGAGUUAUUGCGGGGCUAGUUGACAUUGGAGAGACAACAAAGUAUCCUGAAAACUCAUCUCCUGAAGAGACUUUGGAGAUGGAAAAGAAAGCUGUACUGAUUAACCUGCAACAGAAAUACCUGACUGUGAUUUCAAAUCCCAGAUGGCUGUUGGAACCAAUUCCUGCUCGAGGAGGCAAAGACGUGUGGCAAGUGGACAUCCCUGAGGAGCUACUCCCUUUGGGACACGAGGAGUUGUCCUAGGCUACGUGUGUUGAUACCUGAGCAUAAAACUGCAGUAUCAAACCUCACCAAUUCUGCUUUUCAUGGGUAUACGGGACUGAUUUAGGGUACUUCUUGAACCCUUCCCAAGCAGUUAGUUGAAGUAGAGAGAAAAUGUGUGGAAUUGUUAUUUUUCUGCAAAAUAAUGAAAUCGGCAUAAGGACCAGUACCAAAAAUGUCUGUUAUUUACUAACUGUGUGUGUCUACACAUACCCUGAUCAUUGUAAAUGCACAUGAUUUUCUGACAUUCUGGAUUUGAUACGUAUCUGUCCUAAUCCACACACACAAACUCGGGGUGAAGAAUGACUGCCAUUGAACAUGUUUGUUUAAAUUUACCUGUUAGUCCUACAAAGAUUUAUGCAUGCAAGUAGUUCCAUUGACUCGCAUCCAUUUUUUAUUACAGUGGAACGACUCAUGUAAAUAAAGCACACGUGUAUGUCUUUGCAUCUAAGGAAGGCCAAUUCAAAAUUCAGGAUGCCUGUUUCAGAGUAAGAUGCUAUUAUUGUAGGAUGUGAAUCUCAUUUUGAAAUUACAAGUUUCUGCUCAACUGGUUGUAAGCAUAUGCACCGAGAAACCACAAAUACACUCACAUAGCACAGCCUCUGGCUAUAGUUAGCUUAAAUCUAGUUUGAAUUACAUAUCCCAGUUUACUCAGAUUCCCAUUACAGUUUGUUAUAUUGUAUUCUUUCAGUUCUUGUCCUAAACGGUUGUGUGGUGCUUCAUGGUGCUAAAACUUUAUGACGGUUGCAUUUCAUUAGUGGGGCAAUACAAUAUAAAAGGCCUUGCAUUCAUGGGAAUCAGGAGGGCUGUAGAAAUGGAAUACUUGGGUAAUAAUCAAAUGCACCUUUGCAGUAUAAUAGUUUUAUUUUCUGUUUAUAGCAGGAGUGGGCAAAGUACAGCCUGUGGGCUGGAUCAGGCCUACUGAGGGAUUUUGUCCAGCCUGCAGCACAUCCCGCAGUCCCACCUGGCACAGUUGUACGGGGUAGCUUGGGCUGUGGCAUGACCCACAGGGCAGGGCAUUCUCCUGGGUGGCUGGGAUGGGGCUGUAACUUGGUGAGGAGUGAGACAGGCAGGAGGGGCUGGGGAGAUGCUAGGAUCUUAGGAUGGGGACAGUGCGGGGCCAGGGCCUGGGACAGAGCCCUGAUCUGCCCACAUGUCCCUGUGAUGGGCAAGCAGGGGGGUGCAGGGAGCAGAUCACAGCUCUGCCCCACCCCUGCUCUAUCACUACCCCAAGACCCCAGUGCUGGACACAGGUCCCCACCUGGCCCCUGACCAAUCCUUCCUGCCUGGCUGUGCGUCCUGGCCAACCUCCAUGGAGAGCCUGGGAUUGCAGGGCGGCAAUAGCUCGGAACUGGGACAGAGCCCCAGUUCUGUAGCAGGGCCGUGCAGGCGGUGGAUCGCAGCUCUGCCUCGGGGCUUGCCCCAGCCUCGCAGUGUCACUGUCCCUCCAUCCCAGGGUCUCUGUGGAGACCAGCGGGGGGCUGUGCAGCCAGGCUGCCAGGAUGGGUCCGUGGCUCUGUGGGGAGCCGUGUCCGGGGCUGCAUCUGUGAUCUUGGGGCAGUGACAGUGUGGGGACGGGGCUGAGGCAGAGCCCCAAUCUGCUCCCUGCAUGCCCCUGCCCACAGAACCAGCACCCAUCGCAGGGGUGUGCAGGCAGUGGAUUGCAGCUCUGCCCUGGCCCCGCGCUGUUACCACCCCACGACCCAGCUCUGCAAUCCUGGGCUCGUCUGCCUGUCCCACUCCCAAACAUUGGUCCCGCCUGCCCAUGGCCCCAUCCCACAUAAAGAGUUUUGGUACGUUGUUGUGCUGGGAGGGGGCGGGGGGCGGACCACCCUGUGUGGCCCACAGGCCCAAAUAAUUGCCCACCCCUGCUUUAUAACAUGACAGAGGUGCUUUGGAGGGUGAGAACAGGCUUGGCAUUAGAGAUGUGUGUAUACAAUAUAAUAAAAGAGGUAUAAGCUUUUAAAUUACUCACACAUGGAAAACAUUAAUAAAUUAUGGGAACGUAAUUUUUAAAAUAAAUUUUAAAGUGAGUGUAAAAACUUAUGACUAACCUGAAAGACUAAGAUUUUAUUAGCAAAGAGGCAAAUCCUAUCCUAUCCUUCCCGCUGUGUUGGGGAUGAGCAGAACCUCAUCAGUUAAAUUGAACUGUGGAGCCUGCACAAUGGCGUCUGCUGCCCCUGGUCAUUGUAAAACAUAUAGGUCCUCUGUCUCCAGGUGCAUAGGAGGUACAUGGGGGCAGGCUGGCAAGAGACUGAUUGGAUGAUUUGCAGUUUUGUGGCUCCAACAGUAGUGCCCCGCCACGAAAGGGAGGCUAUGUAAGAUACCGUUGGAUCCAUUUGUCAAGUGGCUGUUACCAUUCAGAAAUCUUAACUGUGCCUUUUGGGUGCCACUUUGAUAUUUAGCUAGUUGAGUUUGGUUAGGGUCAGGACUUUCCCUAAAAAUAAAGAUUGCCACAUACUGCUUUAGAACAUUGACCCAUUUAAUCCUGUCUGACCGUGACCAGUCCUUUAAAGUAAGAUGUAGCUAUGCCAAAUGCUCAACUGUUACUAUUCCCAUAGCUCAUAAGAACUGAUGGUAAAAUCUAUACACCAAGGCAAUAGCUGCAAAUAAUAUGUUUUGUUUUCCAGCGAUGUCUUACCUUGGUACAGUAACAUACUCCCACCGUAACGAAGCACAACUGCCAUUUUUUUUUCCUUUCUUUAUUUUUUUUGUUUACAACUUUGUAAGCAGUAGCAGAGAAGAUGCCCCGAAAUCUCUAGCAAAUUGCUGAGGAUUUGUGUCUUGUGAGAGAGGAAAGGAGGGCAGCCAGCUGGACUGAGCUAGUAAGAGUGAAAUGAAUGCCAAUAGUUUGCUGCUGUUUGUGUCAAACAUAUCUUGGCUGCAAUCGCAAAUGUUUGGCUGUUGUGGUAAGGUCUUUUGUACAUGAACGGUUCACAGCUCCAUCGCUAGAAAGGCAUAGAUGCUCAAUCUGCAUCUCUUGGUAGUCCUUUAUUUAGCUCUGAUUAAGAAGUUGUUACGCACCAUGGACCCAGUCAUGUUUCUCUCCUUCCGUGCUCAUCAAAACUUUCCUCCUUACCUGUGAUCUCCUCAUGCCAAUAAUUUUAAAGACAUCUCUACGCUACUGAAAGUUGUUUUUAGUCAACUACUUGUCUUUUUGUCAGUUUGGGACCAGAUUGAACAGAUUUCAGUAUCAUGCUUUAGGAUGUUCCAGUGGUAGCUUAAGAGUUACGCACCUGUCUUGAGAUGCUAAACUUCAUCAUACAGCAUGAUUAUCUCGCUCUUCAUCCAUAACUUAAUGGUUUCCUGCAUUAUUAUUACACGCCCCCCAUCACUAUUGCUGGCAUGAAGCUUGUGGGGCUCUGAUUAUGCUCCACUGGAGCCAUUAGGCUCUCCUGCUGUGUUAAAUGAAUCUAUUUUGGCAUUUUGAUUUUUGGAUCUCUGCUCUACUUUAGUUGUAUCCAAGGUUUUAGAACGUUAAAAAUAAAAAACAACUCCCCUCUC